AUGUUCCUCUCUCGAGCACUUCUAUCUACCCUUGCGGCCACCUUGAUCGCAGCCUCGUCUGCGGAGCGUUACAACGAAAUCAAGAUCCGUGACGACGCCAUCCACAACAGUGAACUCAAGUCCCCCUUGCCUCACUCCUACAUUGAGCUGGGCAGUCUUCCUGAUUCCUUUUCUUGGGCUGAUGUUGAUGGUUCUUCGUACUUGACCCAUUCAUUGAACCAACACGUUCCGCAAUAUUGCGGAAGUUGCUGGGCCCAUGGUUCCAUUUCCUCUUUGGCUGAUCGCAUCAAGAUUGCUCGUGGAGCCCAAGGUGAUGACAUUAAUCUUUCCAUUCAAUUCGUUUUGAACUGUGGAUCCGAAACCGCUGGCAGUUGCCACGGUGGAUACCACACUUCUACCUAUGAAUUCAUCAAGAGCACUGGAUACAUUCCCUACGAUACUUGCCAACCCUACAUUGCCUGCAGUAAGGAAUCUACUGAUGGAUUCUGCAGUCACGUUGAUACCACUUGUUCGGCUGGUGGAACUUGCAAGACUUGUGAUACCUUUGCUGGCAUGGGAGGUGCUUGUACCGAGAUUGAUUACUUUCCCAAUGCUACCGUUGCUGAGUACGGUUUGAUUGACUUUGAUGAAGACAACAUUGAAGGAACUUGCCACAAAAUCAUGGCCGAAAUCUUUGCCCGUGGUCCUGUGGCUGCCACUAUCAAUGCCGAACCCAUUGUCAAGUACGCUGGUGGUGUUUACACCGAGACUGGUCAUCCUACUGAAACCAACCAUAUUGUUGCCAUUGUUGGAUGGGGUGCCUGCCCCAAGACUGGAAAGAAGUACUGGAUCGUCCGCAACUCGUGGGGACAAUACUGGGGAGAAAUGGGAUACAUGCGUUUGGAAAUGGGCAAGAACUUGUUGGGUAUUGAAGGAGAAAUUGCCUGGGCCACUCCUGGAUCUUUUACGGUCAUGAACUUUCCAUGCUAUGAGAAUGGCGAGAACUGCGUCAAGCAACAGGAAUACUUGGAUCCCUCUAUGGACAUUGUCUCCAUGCAGCGUCGUUUGAAGGCCCACAACGAUGCCGAGCGCAAGAACAUUCGCGGUUAA